AUGAGCCAACCACCACCACCAAGCUCGCAGCAACGGUCUGCAUCAGCAGGCAACUACCCUUCCUCCUCAAUGCAAUUCACCUCCUCGGCAGCAGCAUCGCUCGCUCCAGGCUCAGCCGCAACAACGCCGUUACUCGGACACGGUACUUUCGGCCCUGUUAGCCCUGCGUCGUCCCUCCUCCCCUCUUCGCCAUACGGAGGCGGCUUCCCUUCAACGGCAGCCUCGCAUGCCUCGAUACACACUUCGUUCCCCUCCUCAUCAGCAGCACAAUCCACUUCAGCUUUUCGCAGGCUCGUCUGGGAAGGAACGAUACCGAUAUGCAUCUCAAUAGACCCGACAGAGCUUCCGCCUGGCUCUGACUCCAGCAUUGGUUCGACCUAUCUGGUAGUUCCACGGAUCAGCUAUUUGCCAUUGAUCGUAGCUGAGGUAAAGAAGAACUUGCUGGAAUUGGCCUUGGAGCAGCCUGCACUGAAUGCGUUGAAAGAGAAAGAGCUUUGGUUCGAGUAUGAAGGACAGCCGCUGAGGUGGCAUUGGCAGAUUGGGCUGCUGUACGAUUAUCAUACUUCUAAUCCGGCGCGUACAGGGGUCGCGUACCAAUCGACCAGCACGAAUAGCUCAGGUCUGGCGUCGUUGCGGUCAGACAAUGCUUCAACAACACAAGCUGCUGGAUUCGAUGUAUCAUUUGCACCGUGCAACCAGCCAUCAAGACUCCCGUGGAGGAUCAAACUUCGACUGUCCAAACCGCCAGUGGAGCGCCUACACAGCAACUCGGGUCUCGAGUCGUGCAAGACGUCGUUCAUGUCGAUAAUUAAAGAGGCUGAUUUCGUUCGAUACGGCUCCACAAAGAGAGUAGUCAACCUGCGCAAACAAGAACAAGACACGCUUUGGGAUAGUGUCGUCUUGCAUGACUACGAGAUGUUCUGGGGCAUUGCCAACAAGCUUGUCCCAACAGCAACCGUUUCGGCUGCAGACCCUAACGCGGCGGUGCCUUCCACUCCUGGUCGCUCACCAAUUGCUUCCCGCACACUCUCACUCAAUCUCAGCCCAACAGACGAAGCACUGGCAGUACAACGCAGUCUAACUACACAGCCGAACGAGUCUCAAGCAAGUUUGGCGCCGAGCACUAUCUCUGCCAUCACAACCACUUCUUCUUCUGAUGCAGCUUCUGGCACUGCCACGCCGUCGGGAGGCGCUGGUAAGGAUGCAGUGAGGAGUAUACCCAUCAGGAUCUUUUUGCCGGAUAAUGCGCCGAUAGUGCAAGAGCCCGUGCCGCCGGUUCUGGAGGAUGGAAGGGUGAAUACGUUGGGUGGUGUCCUGUCGGCUCUGUUUCCGUUGUUGUUUCCUCCGCCACCUAGUUUCAGUUCUUUUCAGGGACAGGGAAAGCCAUUGGCGUAUGCUGUUGUACAGGGGGUGAGAGUGCCGUUGGAUGCAGAAAUCGGGUGGUUGGGGAGUGCGUUGGUUGGGCCUGACGGAUGGGUCAGUGUCGUGAUUGGACUGGUAAGCUAG